AUGUUUGCAGACUUGGAUUAUGACAUCGAGGAGGAUAAACUUGGAAUCCCUACUGUGCCUGGGAAGGUGACCCUGCAGAAGGAUGCUCAGAACCUGAUCGGGAUCAGCAUUGGAGGAGGAGCCCAGUACUGUCCCUGCCUGUAUAUUGUUCAGGUGUUUGACAACACGCCCGCUGCGCUGGACGGCACCGUGGCAGCUGGCGAUGAGAUCACGGGGGUCAAUGGCAGGUCAAUCAAAGGAAAAACUAAGGUGGAGGUGGCCAAGAUGAUUCAGGAGGUGAAGGGGGAGGUGACCAUCCACUACAACAAGCUGCAGGCCGACCCUAAGCAGGGCAUGUCCCUGGACAUCGUGUUGAAGAAGGUGAAGCAUCGGCUGGUCGAGAACAUGAGCUCGGGGACGGCAGAUGCUCUGGGCCUGAGCCGGGCCAUCCUGUGCAAUGAUGGGCUCGUCAAGAGGCUUGAGGAGCUGGAGCGGACUGCUGAGCUGUAUAAAGGGAUGACGGAACACACUAAGAAUCUCCUCCGGGCCUUUUAUGAGCUGUCACAGACGCACCGGGCCUUUGGGGACGUGUUCUCUGUGAUCGGGGUGCGGGAGCCCCAGCCCGCUGCGAGUGAGGCUUUUGUGAAAUUCGCUGAUGCCCACCGCAGCAUCGAGAAGUUUGGCAUCCGGCUCCUGAAGACCAUCAAGCCGAUGCUGACAGACCUGAACACAUACCUCAACAAAGCCAUCCCGGACACUCGCCUCACCAUCAAGAAGUACCUGGACGUGAAGUUCGAGUACCUGUCCUACUGCCUGAAGGUCAAGGAGAUGGACGACGAGGAGUACAGCUGCAUUGCCCUUGGGGAACCCCUGUACCGCGUGAGCACAGGCAACUACGAGUACCGCCUGAUCCUGCGCUGCCGUCAGGAGGCCCGCGCUCGCUUCUCCCAGAUGCGCAAGGACGUGCUGGAGAAGAUGGAGCUGCUCGACCAGAAACACGUCCAGGACAUCGUGUUCCAGCUGCAGCGCUUUGUGUCCACCAUGUCCAAGUACUACAACGACUGCUACGCGGUGCUGCGUGACGCCGACGUCUUCCCCAUCGAGGUGGACCUGGCGCACACCACGCUGGCCUACGGCCUCAGCCAGGACGAGUUCACGGACGGCGAGGACGAGGAGGACGAAGACGAGGAGGACACGGCCGCCGGGGAGCUGCCCAGGGAUUCGAGAGGGGCUGCCGGGCCCCUGGACAAGGGCGGGAGCUGGUGUAACUCCUGA